AAAUUUAUAUAAACUUGCCAAGCCCGGCUGUAAAACAAAAUCAUGUGACAUUCCGAAAUGGCGACUCGCUCAAUAAUAAUACUUUCUAUUAGCUUAGUUUUUCUUUUUCUAGUUUUGCCCAUAUCAGGGCAAUAUGCACCAACAUGGGAUUCUCUUGACAAACGUCCUCUUCCAGAGUGGUACGACGAUGCAAAGCUGGGCAUUUUUAUUCACUGGGGAGUGUUUUCAGGUAAACCAACUGCCAACUCUUGCCGUCUCUUUUUUUUACAAAUAUUUUUUCUUGUCUUUACUUUAUAGGCAUCGGCUUUAUAGUCUUUAUCAUACUAGUCAUCAUAUAGUCUUUAUUUUACACUAUUUUUAACUUUAAAUCAAAAUUAAUGGGCUUUAGAACAUGUAUAUACUUAUACUUUACUAUACAGUAUUAAAAUAUUAUCUAAUCUGAAAAGAUUCUGACCCCCAGCAUGCUAUAUAAACUUUUUAUUUUAAAAUGAAAAUUUAGAUCCAGAUAGGUUGCUUUAUAAGUAGAGACACUGGUAUAUCCAUUGUUUCUUUAAAAUAUACAUUUUUACUGGCUUAAAAUAAAUAUCCAGUAUUUUUUAUGAUUAUACAUUUUCCUUUAAACAAAUUUGCAGUACCAAGUUUCCGCUCUGAAUGGUUUUGGUGGGACUGGCAAGGUGACAAAGAUCAGGAUACAGUAGAAUUUAUGACAAAAAACUACCCUCCUGGCUUUACAUAUGCAGACUUUGCCAAACAGUUCACUGCAGAAUUUUUUAAUGCACUUGAGUGGGCUCAACUCUUCCAAAAUGCUGGAGCAAAGUGAGUUUCUUUGUACUGUACAUCAGAGAUUUUGUGUGCUUAUAAAUCAUAAUUCAUCUGUUAUGAUUAAUAAAAUAUGAUUAAUAUAUGGCAGCGGAAACAAAGUGCUGAAGAAAAAAAACUGAUGUAUCAUUAACAGCAUGACAGAUCUCCAAAUAUACAUCCCACAGUGCUUCCCCAGUACAAUCGGACAGAUAUACAACCUUUUUUUAUAAAUUAAAUUUUUUAAUUUUUUAAAGCGCUUUUAAAAGUUGUGUUUUCUCAUAUCCCUUGAUAGAUACAUAGUAUUUGUCAGCAAGCAUCAUGAGGGCUUCACAAACUGGCCUUCAAAAUAUUCAUGGACUUGGAACUCACAAGAUUUGGGACCUAAUAGAGAUAUAGUUGGUAAGUUAGAUUUGGUUUGCAUCAGAUUGUAAUUCCGUGGUACCUACUUUCUAAUUCUAAAGUGACCUACGCAAAACAACCCUGCUUUUAAAAAAAUAUUUUUAAAAAGUGGUAUGCACCAUUUUAUAUAUUUGGCCUCACCCUAUUUCUAAUAAAAAUAAUCCUGUCCCUGCAGUUCAUAGUGAUUCAGGUUGAUGAACAAGUUAAAAUUUAGAUAAUUAUUUUUUUUUUACAUCAAUUGUUAACACUUUUUUUUUAUUUAGCACGAAAUUGAAGGAGGGAACACUUUGAUUUUAUAAUAUUAUUUGAAAAUGAAUAAUUAAACUCAUAGUUUAAAAAAAAAUUCAAGCUUUAGUUUUAUUAAUUGAUUUAAUUAAUUUAAAACGUGGCAAGUGUGAACCUAAGCUCAGAGUUUUCAACAAAUAAUUUUAAUACUGGAAUCAAUAGAAACCAGUGAUAAUCUCAAAUAUUUGUUAUAUUUUCUUUUAAAUACUGUUAGCAGAUUCAUAAAGGUUAAAAAUACAGGAAUUUAAAAUACACUUUCACAAUUCUAGGUGAAUUGGCUGAUGCUAUCAAGAACCACACUAAUUUACACUUUGGUUUGUACCAUUCCCUUUUUGAAUGGUUUCACCCUCUCUACCUACAAGAUAAAAAGAACAACUUUACAACACAAGAUUUUGUUAAUGUAAGUGCAAUCGAAUGUUUCCUUAAAUAGAUAAAUAUUUGCGAAACAGUUAAGCCACUUAAAUCACACAUGGGUGAGGAGGCUGGAUCUUGGGUCUUAUAAUAUUAAUUACUGAACACUCCUACCCCCUUUUAUUCCCCCAAAAGUAAGUUACACUAUUGUAAACGGAUUUGUUGGAGAGAAAGGAAAAAAAUCAGUGAUCGGCAAGACAAUACCUCUCCUGUUUAGAGGUAGUGACUGCCCAGAUGUAUACCAUCUAUAGCAUUUCUGGAUACCCCUGAAAUCUAUAGCAUUUCUGGAUAACUCUGAAAUAUGGCCUCUCCUACCUAAAUGUGGCUGAAUGGGGGCCUUCACAAAAGUACUUCUGCACUUGUUGUGCUGGCCCUACCUCUUUUUAAAAGAGACCCAUCAGGUGCAACCAAAUGUUCAGCAGUAUAACUGGAGCCUUGGGAGGAGAGUGGACCUUCCUGUAAGAGCCAAAUUUAAACAUUUCAUGUUACACAAACCCAGCCCCCACUCUCCUAGUCUUUAUCAUCCUUCUUUCAAUGCUUCCCAUAUGGUUGACCCAGAAGUUGCAUCUUCAUGGAUGUAAAACCAUUGACCGGUCAUAUUAUGGAACAUACCACAAUACUGUGGCUGCAACAUCUGUCUGUCCAAGGAUCAUGAAAGUCUUCGCACAGACACAACUAACCCAGGAUGUGACAAUCCUUGAUCUAGUACUAAAAGGGCCUAAAAAAUAAUGAAAAAUGCAGUGCCAGGAGACAGUAGGUGGCGGGGAAUGGGCAAAUUGUGAAUCCUGUCUGGAUGACUUAACUCAGGGAUGACCCAAUCGCUGAAGACUUCAGUCUGGCAAACAAGGUCUCCCGGUGCCUGGUCGACAUGUGGAGACAUGGGGCAUGUGAAGACAUGGGGCAUGCAGCUCCUGGAUCUGGCCGGGAAGGAAAGCCAAAGAAACCAGUAAUAACCAUGGUAAUGAAGACAAAAAGAGAAAAAUCACAUCCAAGCUCUGCGUCACCUAGUCUGUCUAGGCUUGCUUUGCUUCGCAGCACCUUGGGCCAGUUUUGAAAAAUACGCUGCUGAGACUAAUACAAACACAGAUUUAAAUAUCCUGCAACUCAAUGUCUGCAGUAUAUAAAACAAUAAAAAGAGAGAGACCACCUCCUGCACAUGAAACAAGAUCAUAUAGUACUACUACAAGAAACUUUACACCACAACACAGACCCAAGCAUCACAUGGCAUGCUCAUUACACUUGCAAGUGCCUGGGCAUCAUUACAUACAUAAGAAAUUACAUCCAAGGCGAGGUUGAGGUAAUCCCCACAGAUUACAAGAUAUCCAAAAAGCUUCUAUUUGGUACCACAUUAAAAAUAAUACAUUUUUUAACAUAUACAACCCACCAACAGAUAACUGCAACUUUGCUCAGCUAGAGAGGAUACAAUAAUCCAAGACCGUGAUUGCCAGUGAUUUUAACAGGCAUUCCCCUCAAUGGGGAAACCAAAAUUACACUGAAAAUGCCAUAGAAGAACUCUGUAACUCUACAAACCUAUUCACUAUAUAGAACAAACUGUUGACAUCCACUCCUCUCCACAGAGCUCAUAACACACUCAGAAGACCUGAACUUACCCUCCUAUAUUCAGACUUACCACAGAUAUACACCUUUGAGGUGCUGAACAAGCAGAAGCUGCAAUCUCAGACACAUUCUGACGACUUGCUGAAAUUUCAAAUAAGCAGACUGGGUUUAAGCAAGAAGCGAUGAAAUAUGUCAUAACAUCCCUCAAAACAACACCCUGAAAAUGUAUGUCAACAAAUCAGCUUUUCACACACAUACCCAGCCCAGACUCGAAAGAUCCAAUUAAAUGCCUCCAAAGACUAGAAUAUGUCAUUAUCUUUUGCGUGUACACAGGACACACAACUUAAUUCCCACCUUAACCGCAUAAAACCAGAUAAAACACCUACGUGUCCCCUGUGCAAACAUCCAAACGAGACUGCAAAACAUCACUUCUCCCUCUGCCCGGCUUUUCAGGAAUUUCGCCUAAUAUACCUACCAAAAACACCAGACUACACUAACAUUAUAUUAUUAUAAAAACAGAACCACAAUUAUUUUUAAAAAUUGUUUUUAAAUGUUAUUGGUUGAUUGCCUGGACCUGCUAAUUUACUUACCCCUUCUCUGAACUUGUGGAACUUAACUCCCUUGUUUUGUUUUUUAAUGUUUCUUUUAAAAAAAUAAUUGUAGAAGGUAUUAAUUUAAAGAUAAGCAUGAAUCUCAUGAGUUAUUUGAAGAAAACCUUAAAUAUUUCCUGCUCUUUUCUUGUUACCCUGUGAUUUUGUAAUCUAUUGAAAAGGUUAUGUGUAUUUUGUAUUACAAGCAAUUUUCAACAUUAACGGUAAAAAAGCUUAUGCCUUUAAAUUUUCAAUAAGUAUGUGAACUCAUUAUUUUAAUAUUUUUUCAUAUUGUUGUGUAAAAUAUCUUACUUGAAGACCUACGCUUAAAAAAUUUUUACAGUUCAUCAUUUGGAAAUAAAAAGAAAACCAUCAUUUUAAAGGUAAUGUCUAGUAAGAAUUAACGUUUCGACAGAUAGUUGCCUAGUUUAAUAUAUCUUUGAAUUCAAAAUUUUAAAAUUAUUCUAACUUCAGGGCAAAACUUUACCAGAGCUUUACGAACUAAUAAACACAUAUAAACCAGAUAUUAUAUGGUCCGAUGGAGACUGGGAGGCACCUUUUCAAUAUUGGAAGUCACCAGAUUUUUUAGCUUGGCUAUAUAAUAGCAGGUACUAGUAUUGGCAUCUGAUAAAGUUUAAUUUGUAUAAACCAGUAGAUGCUUAAUGAAACAUUAUUUCUUAUGUGGCAUAAAAGCACAAAAAACUAAAUUUAGCUUCUUUUUUUUUCCUCAAGUUUUUAAAACCUAGACAAGUGUAAGAGACUCUUGAUUACAUUUUAUUAAAUAACAAUACUCUUUUUUUUCAAAUAUUUUUUUGACAAAUUUUAUAUUCUUCAAUUAUUAGCUUUUCAAUCACUGAUUACUUAGCUCUUUAAAAAUGUUCAAGUCUAUCUUCAUCUGAAAAAAUUGAUAAUUUCUUAUAUGGAUUUUUAGUUGUUUUUUUUUUAUGGUGCCAUUUUAAAUUCAUACUAUUUCUAAUAUUAUUUUCAAAUUAGUCCGGUCAAAGACACAGUUGUGACUAAUGACAGAUGGGGUCAGUCAGUUAUGUGUCAACAUGGUGGCUUUUAUACCUGCUCUGACAGGUAUAAUCCAGGUAAGUUAACUUGGUACUUCAAUAUUUCAUAAAUUUAAAUGUGCAUUUUACAAACAAAUGUUUCUCAUUUUAUUUUUAGUGGCUUGACCUUUAGUGCCAUCUCUUAUAUUUGAGUAUUGCAAUUAUCGACAUGUAGCAGUUAAUUAUGUACAUUUUAAAUAGGUCACUUGAUAAAGCAUAAGUGGGAGAAUGCUAUGACCAUUGACAGGCAAUCAUGGGGCUACAGGAGAAAUGCAAACUUUCAAGAUAUUUUGUCCAUUGAAGAACUGUUGGAACAACUUAUAUCUACUGUCAGGUAUAUUUCUUAUUAAGAAUAAUCAUGAAAUUAUUUAUUGAUGCCAGUUUUUUUAUAUCUAUUACUUGCUUAAAUUAAAAGUAUUAGAUUAGACCAUAGAUCCCUCAAUGGAUUGGUGGGAACCUCUAACACUACUAACCAGGGUCGUGCAGCGGAUUUUUGGGCUCUGAGGAAAUCCAGAUUUAAGGCCCUCACAAAAUUCAAAAUAAUUGUAUCAAACAUAUGGAAUUUCCACCCUUGGGGGACACCCAAGGAGGCAAGGCCCUGAGUGAUUUACUCAGUUGCCUUUGUAUCCGCAUGGCCUUGGUAAUAACAGAAACAGACUCAGUUUUGAAUUUAUAAUUUUUAAGUGUCAUUAGCUGAAAACUGUCUGAUGUAAGAGUCUUGAGUUCCAACUAGUCUAUCAAAAUUUGAAAUAGGCUCUAAUCAUUGCUGUUAUUCUCUUUAAACAUAUAGUAAAAAAUUGUCAAAAUUGAAUUUUUUAAUUAUUAUUCAAGAUUGGGGAGCCCCAUAUCCUCUGAUAUUUAAAUAUUUGAAUUGAAGGAAAAUGGUUUCUUUCAGUGAUCUAAAAAAUGUUUCACUCCUUUCUUUGAACCCAUGAAACUCCAACUGUAAAAUUUAAAUAAGUUAAAUGUUUAGGCUUACAGCAAUUACAUUUUAAAUGUUUCAGUUGCAAUGGAAAUAUGCUGAUGAAUGUAGGACCUACAAGCUAUGGAGAGAUAACUCCUAUCUAUCAGGAACGCCUCCAACAAAUGGGCUCUUGGUUGAAGGUUAAUGGGGAAGCUAUUUAUGGAACCAGACCAUGGACAUAUCAGAAUGAUACAGUAACCAGUAAAAUAUGGUAAGCCUCCCAAGGUUUACAGUUUCUUGAUGUGUUAUCAGAAAUCUUAUUGCAAGAAAAUAAAGUAAGACCGUCAUGGACACAUUUGGAAGAAAGUGAACUGGUUCUAACAAGGUCUACUAUCUCAUAACUUAUUCAGAAAGUAGAGAUUAAUUAUAAGAUGCUUAAUUUUAGAAGUUUUAAUGCAAAUUUUAAUUUCUCUUUAAAUAGCUUCCAGAUUGUUUUUAACUACGUUACAAAAAUAAGAAGUCAAUCCUUACAAUCUUCAGGUACACUCAGAAUAAGAAAUCCAACCCAGCUGUUGUCUACGCCAUUGCCCUAUCUUGGCCUGAUUCCUACCAGUUGGAGCUAGGAGCACCAGCAGCUACAGUUAACACACAGGUUACACUUGUGGGAUACAAAGGGCCAGCUUUUUAUUGGAAGCCACGAUCACCUACAGGAAUAACGGUUUUUCUUCCUGCGAUCAACUAUAAUGAUUUACCAUGCAAAUGGGCUUGGGCUUUCAAGCUUACUUAUAUAAACAACUAAGGGAGAUUGCAAUGAAGACCACUUGUAGGAUUUUAGGUACUGGUACCACCUGGGCGUGUGUCCCUCCCCUCCAAUCCCAAAAAACAAAUUCAGUUGUCCUGCAAGCUCAACUUUUUUUAUUGCAACCUCUUCAAAUAAUAUUAUUUUAGACAACAUAUUCAUGACGUGUCUUUCAAUUUUAUUCCAAGUAAAUUUUGAUAUAAAGAAUAGAAAUUUUAAUAGUAACUCUUAUGUCAAGUGUAAUCAUUACAGCUAAUGCAAAAGAAAUGUUUAAGCUAAAUUGAGUUGGAAGAAUUAUUUAAUUUAUAGGAUUAGGAUCAUUUGUUCAAAACAAAAAGAAACAAGAUACUGGGUUAAGUUACAAAAAAAACAAGAUACUGGGUUAUCAUUAGGACCUAUUCAAAAGUGACAUACCCUUUGAGGAGUGGUCAGAUUCAAUAGAGAGAUAUUUGCAUAAUCAUAACACUUAGGUGUAAUAUAAUAAGUCUCUUUUACUAUAGCCUACAUACCUUAGGUGUGAUAACUGAAAAUCUGUGUGAUAAAAUGAGGAGAAGACUGAACAUUGACAUACAUGGUUUCCCCAAAAUCAGUGGUGGACACCAGCAGCUCCAGUUGGCAUACAGUUCUAGAUGCAACUCUUUUUUUAAACUACCUUUUACAAUAAACUUUAUGAUAUGCAGGUUCCAAAAUAUUUCCUUAAUAGAUAUGAUUUAUAAAAGUGUAUCUUCUCUCAAAAAAGGUUGCCAACCCUUACCCUAAUGAAUUUUAGAAGACAGUUUUUUCACCCUUGUUGUUGCAACUCAACUUACAGUUACAGAUUCCUUUAAUCUAUAAGAUGCUGGUUGCAUCUUUCUGUACCGGUAUAUUUAUUGGAUGAACAUUUCAUAAUAUAAAUUCCAUUUCAAUGUUAUAAUCCCUUUUUUCUUUCAUUAAAAUUUUUAGAUUUACCGUCUAUGUUAUGUACGCCUUUAAACCUACUUUACAUCAGUGAUUAAUUUUUUAAAUGGUAUUUUCAGUACUGUUAAUUUGUAUUAGUUUCUAUGAGCUAAUUUUAACACAUUUUUUUGUUGUAAAUUUUGUUUUAGUGGGCCAUGCAUUGGGACAGUUUUUACCUGUAUCAUUAACAAUUCCUGCACUUGCAUCAUAAAAAAAAAAUAAGAGUAAUGAAGUCCAGUUUGUUUCUUGUUUAAUUUUUGUGUUUAGAUGAAUCAGGUCUGCUACAAUUAGUUUUAAACUAUAUUGUCUUAUUUUUUAUGUAGAGCACAUGAAAACAAACUGUGUGAUGUCUGCUAAAGUCAGAAUUCUAAACUGAUGGAAAGGACUAAGCCGGUGGUUCUCAACCUUCCUAAUGCCGCCACCCCUGAAUACAGUUCAUCAUGUUGUGGCGACCCCCAACCACAAAAUUUUUUUUUUGUUGCUACCGGUACUUCAUAACUGUAGGGUACAUUUGUUUUCCGAUGGUCUUAGGCGACCCCUCGGAAAGGUUCUUUCCACCUUAAAGGGGUUGCGACUCACAGGUUGAGGACCGCUGGACUAAGCAGUCAUUAUUGGUCUCACAAAGUGUGUUCUUUAGUUGACUGAAUUUUGAAUUGUAAAUUAUUUUUUAACAGAAUUAUGGUGGAAUAAAAAUUAUAUUGAGAAUCACAUUAUUUAAUUAAUACAGACCUAAAACUAAAAAGACCAGUCUUUUGACUGCAAAGAGAAUAUGAAGCAUUGGUGCAAAGGUAAUUUCCUGUUUUUGAUCAGACACAGCUACAGCAAAAAUCGCCCUGAGUUUGGUGAAAGUGGUAAUGAUCCAAAUUUCAUCUCUAAAAUUUUUUAAAAUAGGUAUGAUCUUCUGACAAAACAGCACCACUAAACUGAAGAUAAAGAAUCUCAGGCAGUUUAAAUUAUAAACUAGGGAUCAAGAAAGGUAAUAGCAGCUGAAUUUAAGAUAACCCUAUAUUUUUUAAGACUUUCUUUAUAGGUUUAUUUCCAUCUUGUGGAUGGAGUGUUCUUUUUUAUUGGCACUAAAAAAAAAUAAGCAUAAACUAUUCUUAAAAUGCAUUAUGCAAAGAUAGUCUCUGCAGCAAAUAUUUACAAAAAUUAAUAAAUAUAAAACAUUCAAGUCAAGCUGGUCUACAUUUAAUUUGAAUCUUUAGGCUACAUGAUUGAUAAUCUAUUCUCUGCAGUCUUUUUGUGUACUUUGUAAUGCAUUUUAAGAAUAUUUAAUUAUAGAAAGUCUAUUUUUAAAAAUAUUUUUUUUUUUCUUAUUCUCUGAACUUAAGGAAGGAAACCACCUUAUAUUAUAUAUGGGUAGCAUGUAACAUGCUAAUUAAGAACAAACGCACAUUACCUGUACCUUUUAAGUAGGGUUUAACAUAAAUUAAUACCGGUAGCUAAUACAUUAUGAAAAUUCCACAAUCAUUUAAAUUUAGUGUUAUUACCUCAGCAAUCACUGCAACUUCAAGCCCAAUUUAUUAUCAGAAAAGUCUUAAUACAGUGGAUAAUUAGCAUGGAUGGAGCUUUUUUCAAGUUUAACAUUUUUUUAUGCCAGUUAUAUCUAGUAGUACUGAUAGUAGUAGUAGUAUCAGUACUAAAAUUAGCUUUAACUUUAAUAAAAGUGAAAGCCUGUUAUUUGUUUAGAUGUGCUAAAAGUAGAAAAAAUGGCUGUCAAAACUAACAGUAAGUGUAAGUCAAACUCUAAUACUUAUAUAGGUUGAAAUAUGCUUUUCUAAAUAAAACGCAGUUAUGUUAGAGAACUGAAGGAAAUUGCUUUAUUCCUGAUGAUUUCGGUAUUGGACUCAAGAAAAAUCUCUGACUUUAUGAAUGUUAGAUUUUUGCACAUGCUCAUCUGUGACCCACCUAAUACAAAUUGAAAGUUUGAAUUCAGGUAAUGUUCUGAUGUACAGCCAUUGCAUAUGUAUAGGAAGCUUUUUAGUGUUUUCUCAGAACAGGUUAAUAGAAUAAUUUUGAAUCAAAAAGGUUUGAGAUUUCAGUAUUUAACUUCUUUUAUAUAACCUACUUCUUGACUGUUACUUUCGAAUCCAGACAUAUAGGCAAGCUAAGGUGCAUUCUAAAAUAUAUUUAUUUUCAGCAAAUAAAGCUCCUUUCAAUUUAGAAUUUUUUUUUUCUCAAAUAAAUUGGUGGGUUUUUUUUUAAAAAGUUUAAACAUAAUUAUGUCUAAUUAAUGUAGACUUUUAUUUAACUUUAAGCCUUUAAACAUACAUGCAUUCUGGCUACUUUUGACUAC